AUGGAACCGGCAUCUGAAAAUUUAGUUGAAUGUUCAUGUAAUUACAAUCGUUAUGCAACAAAAAAGACAAUCGGUCAUGGUUUAUUAGAAUUUGCUUUACUUACAAGUAAUGCAAUGCAAUUACGAACAUUAAUAAAUCAAAAACAACGUGAUACUAUUUGGCUUGCAUCAUUAGUUCUUGUUUGUAUUUCAAUUCUUGCACAGGUACUUUUAGCUUAUAUACUUAUUAUUGUUGGAAAAGGUAAUAUUCAAAAUCCAGAAAAACAAGAAAAAUUAGAAAAAUAUAAUAAUAUUGCAUUAUUUAUUACAACAUUAGUAUCAAUGAUAAAUGUUAUUAUUAAUAUGUUUAUGUCAACAACAAGUUCAACUAGUUAUUUAGAUACACAAUCAUUAGAAUUAUUAAAAAAACAGACAUGA